AUGCAGCUCACCACCCUGUUCCUUGCCGCGCUGAGCGCCGUCUCUGUCACCGCAUCGCCCUCAUGGAUGGGUGGCGACCAGGUCACGAUUAAGGAGGAAUACAAGGUCCCAGGCGACAACCCUCUGUACUUCUGCGGCGACCCAGCCGACGAUCUUCUGAAGAUUGAGAAGGUCGACCUGAGCCCCAAUCCACCCAAGCCUGGCGAGAAGCUCAGCAUCAAGGCCACAGGCGACUUCAAGGAGGAGGUCGGUGAGGGUUUCAAGAUGCACCUGCAAGUCAAGUACGGCCUCAUCACACUCAUCAACCAGAACGCGGAUGGUUGCGAAACGAUAAAGAAGGGUGACCUCGAGUGCCCUCUCGAGAAGGGCGAGAUGAGCCUGACCAAGGACGUUGAUCUGCCCAGGGAGAUUCCUCCGGGCACAUACACCGUCCUCGCCGAUGUCUUCACCGCAGAGGGCGACAAGAUUACUUGCCUCACCGCCAAGAUCGCUUUCCACCGGUAA